ACUUCCAUGUGUAACUUCCUGUUUGAUGUGUCAAACAAUUUCGUCGGCGUCAGGUUAUCAUUCCUGCAAAUAUGGGACUUUGCAAAUGCCCAAAGAAGAAAGUAACAAAUAUAUUCUGUUUUGAGCACAGAGUGAAUGUCUGUGAAUAUUGUUUAGUAGCAAACCAUGCAAUGUGUAUUGUGAAGUCAUACCUACAGUGGUUACAAGAUAGUGAUUACAGUCCAGUAUGUACGCUCUGUACCAAAGGUUUGACAGAUGGCAACAGCAAGUGUGUACGACUCACUUGUUAUGAUGUCUUUCACUGGCACUGUCUGAACCGUUAUGCCAAUCAGAUGCCUCCAAACACCGCCCCUGCUGGUUAUACCUGUCCUAAUUGUAACAAUGGGAUAUUUCCAGCUCAAAAUGUAGCAUCACCUGUGGCUGAAGAAUUAAGACAAAUGCUAUCUCAGGUGAACUGGGCAAGAGCAGGACUUGGACUUCCACUGAUUGAUGAACCAGAACCACCACCAUCACCAGCACCCCCAAUGGAGGUUGCCAUGGAAGCACAACAACAGAUGGUGCAGCAAACAUUGCCCAUGGCACAGAGUACACCAUUAAAGAAUGAACUAGCACCAGCUUCUUCACCAACUCCUUUAAGGGUGUCACCUUCUCCCUCAAACCACACAAGGCCCAGUGCCCAUGUGACACCCCAGAUGCAACACAGUGUGAUUAGCGUUGACACAGGUACCACAGUGAGAGGACAAGAAAAGACUUACGGUGUCGCAGACCCAAGAAAAUUGUUUGAUUCAACAAAGGAGGACACAAGUAAUAUGUUUAACAUGUCACAUGAUCAUGAUGAAGACAAGUAUAAAAGAAGACCUGCAUUGGAAUGGCUAGGCAAAUGGCUCAAGUCUCGUGAAGGAAAGCACAGGAAGGACCCAGACUUGAUGAUGAAGCGGUUCCUGUUUGUCUUAAUUAUUGGACUCAUUGGAUUUGUUACAGUUGUUGUGAUUUUCUCAAAACUGGGACGCAAUGCUACAGACAAUGACCCUUUCCUGGAUCCUAUGGCUAAUCCAAAUAUAAGAGUCAAUGAAUUACCAAAACAGAUUAAUUAGUUAUUUUAAUCUUCGUUGAUGGGGUACUUUGUAUAUAAAAAACCUGGAAUAUUAUCUACAGAUAAGAUAUAGUUAUCAAGUAUAAUGUUCUUGACAGCCUAUUUAUACCAGCGGUUUUAUCGGGAUAUUUUACGUUAUGUAAGCGCAAUUCACCAAGAUUUGUUUGCCUCUAUCAUACAAUACAUUAUGACAUUCAUACAUUUACUGAUACAUGUAUAUUUAAAACAUUUUAGGCAUAGACCUUUUCUAGACUGGUAAUUAAAAUUACCCGCAAUUGGAAAUUACGAGUGUGUUACAUAUUGAAUAUGUCUAUCAUUCCAUUAUUUGCUCUGAAGAAGAAUAUUUUAUCACAGAUUAAACCUACAGGGGCUUGACACAUUCUUUCAUUCCAGAAUGAAAAAUUAACCCCAGGGUUCGACCUCUAGAUCACAAAAAAUAACCCCAGGGUCCAACCCCUAGGUCAGUUUGAUCUAGAUCACUUUGAUCUAGGGGUGAGGCCCUGUGAGUUCUGUUUUGUUCUGGGCCAUAUGAACAUGUUGAGCCCCUGUGAUUUAACUGGUACUGUAUAUGACUGGUACAGGUACCUAGGGGAGUACACAGUAUUGUAUAGGUAUAUGUAUAUGCUGUAAAAUUGCAUCAAAGUUUUAUUAUUUUGCCAUACAAUCACAUUAACCCCAGUAGACACAAAAUCAUUAAGUGUUUAAUGCAACAUGUUCCAACAAUAUUAAAGGAUAACACAACAACAGGAGAUUUUGACAGACAUGGUGUAAUGUCAUUAGUAUUACACUGUAUCUGACAAGUAGACACUUAUCAUAUUGGAAUAGUUUUCGUCAAUUAAUUGAAUUCGUUAAUUCAAAAUUACUCGAUUUUCUUUGCAUAAAAAGAUUACAUUGGAUUUGUAUUAGUGAAGGCCAAGACUAAAUUGUACAACAAAGUACACUGUAUGUUUGUUUGUAUUGGCUAAAGUUACUGCACUACUACGUAUUCUGAAUAUCAAUUUAAAAAAAGAAAAAACAUUAUUUUGGAGCAUAUUUGUCAUUCAGUUAAAAAGUCGCGAAACGCUGUGAUACAUAGUACGAGGACCAAACUGAGAAUAUCCUUGAUUCAUUCUUGUAAUGAUUCAGAUUUCUUGAUGCAGAUUCGGAUUGGACAAGGGAAAUGUUUUAAUAUUUUAGCUUUAUUUAUUUACACUGUCCAAUAAACAAGUUAUUUCUGUAUCAGUAUUUUCAAUUUUUUUAUCAAAGAAAAAGUACUAAAAAUUGUUCUUGUUUUUUCUCUGUUUGAAAAUGUUUGAGUUGUUUGAUUUGAAUAUGAUACUGUUAUACAUAUGUAUCUAUAUAUAUGUACCUAAGUUGGUUUUUUAAAACACACCAUGAUUAUGUGUGUGGAGUAAAUAUUAAGUGUAACUUAAUCUCAUUAUAUGAUGCACAUCAAGAACUGUAGUAACUAUUCAACAUAAGAAAUUAUCAUUGUGUGAGAGGCCUAGGCCCUGAUGUUCAUUCUGGAAACCUAACCAAUUACAUCACAGGAUCCAUAUUGAUAUGAGAAGACUUAAGUGAUACAAAUGAUUUAUUUAACAGCAUCAGCAGCAUUCAUCAGGGUUUACGGUAGAUUUUAGUCUGGAUAUAUUGACUGUCUCUGUGUAAACGGAUCAGAGCUAUCAACACUGGUAGGAUUAUUACUUCUUCAUUUUCUAUAGCAUUUACUGUAAAAUUCCUUAAUGCCAUCAGGAAAACCUGAAAAUUGCAAUGUUUUCUUGUUGUGUGGUAUAAUUUACAUGUAGAUAUCAUUCUAUGUUGUCAGUAUAACAAUAAUUCAUAUACUUACAUGGGUACAUUGUAUUAUAUCAUGAUGGUUAAUAUCAAGUCCUCUUCAUUGUGUUGUUUAAUUUCAUUCUCUAGACUAUCAAUUACAAAAUGUAUGAUAUAAUCCAGCCUAUCUUCAUGUAAAUUCAUAUAACUGAUUCCUAUUUAUUUAUUUAUGGAACGGUAUUACACAUAUAUUGUAAAAUAGAUAAGGAUGUUGUAAAUUUGUACAGACAAAAAUAUGGAAUAUGGAAGCUUCCUAACAGUCGUGCAGAUCACCAUUGGAACCAAGAAAACUAGCCCGAGUUUCAUCUGGCCCUGACAUUCAUUCCCUGACAUCAUGUCUGG